GAGAGUGUCAGAGAGGAGAGGAACCAGGCUGCUACAUCUACAGCCAUCCAUCAGAGUAAGAGCACACAGGAGCAAGUGGCCUAAAGUAAAUAUGAAGCCUGUUAGACUAGAACAGGAAGAGGAAGGGGCGGAGCUUUCAUACUGAGUCCGCAAGUGCAGUGAAGGUGAAAGUGAAAGGAGUUUAGCUUGAUGUGCCCGAGUUCCUCUGAAGCAGAAGAUCAAGAAAAAACUUUAAUAGAAGCCUCAAAGUCUGAAUCUAUAAGAAGAUAUAAAGAUGUCAACUUCAAGAGUUUCUUCAUGGGUAGGUUUAUACUAAAAUUUCCUUGUUUAUUGAUGGUAAUAAAUAAAUACAUUUUAAUAGAGAGCAGCAGAAGAUGUAGAAAGAAGUAGAAAAAUUUACACUGUAUUAUUCAACAGUUCCGGAAUGUUUUUGGGAUGUCUGAAGAGUCAGGGGUAAGUGAAUAAAACUACUAUUUUUCUCUUUUGAAUGGUAAUUUACUUAAAAUGAUUUUAUACACACCAAUCUUUUAUAUGAAAACACUCAUGUAUUCACUAUUUCAUAUUCAGACAAUGUUAUUUACUUUAUUUAAACAGAUUCACAUUUAUUUUUGCAGACAUCAUUAUACAGAGCAGCUUAAAUGUAUUCAGUAAGGCAUCUGUGAUCAUCUGAAACUUGAUCUGUGUCUUCAGGACAGAUCCUGAAUGUAGAAAAAACAAUUAUGACUGUGCCUCCAUGUGGUCAAGAACUGUAAUAUCUUUAUUUUUUCCCCCUUAUAUCAUAAUUUGUGCUAACUAGCCCCCCCCCCACAUAAUUAUCUGCAAUAUUCUGAAGUAAACACACAUUAACAUUUAAAAAAUAAAUAAAUAAACAAAUAAAUAAAUCUUUGAUCCUCCUUAGAUGUUUGUCCACUGUUUAUUCAUUUAUUCAAUUUUAUCUCUCAAAUGCUAAUUAAAUCCUAUAGACAACAAAAAUGUUUUGAUGAAAAUAUUUUAAUAACAGCAAACACAGCUGAAAACACAAUCCACAGAUCAAUAUAACUGGCACUGGUUUAAAAAAAAGAUUGAUAGAUCAAAACCAGAGUAUAUUUUUAUCUAAAAAAAUGAAAUCUAAUUUACAAGGUAGGGGUGAAACAUAUGAAGACACUCAGGAUUUACACAACAGUCAAUAUCAUCAAGGCUUCACAUGAAUAUCCAUGUUCUUUUGUAGAGGUCAAGCAGGAAGAAACACAGAAUUGUGUAACAGAGAUUUCAGUAGAGAGCGCCCUCUGCUGGUGAAGAGAGGAAACGUCCACCUAUACACAGAAACAUUAACUUAAGUGUCAUUUAUUUCCACAGGGUGCCUCUGCAUUUAGGACUGAAAACACAAAUAUAAAGUGUUUGGUUUAUACAACUGGAAAAACACUGGAUUCCCACAAGCACUUCAUAGAUUGUCUUAAAAAACAAGUUCACCUGCAGGAGGUGUCUACAGAGGAUGAGUGUGAUUUCAUUCUGUGUUUCUGCCCGAUUGUGUCACAACCUGGAACUGACAUUAAAGCAGCAAUGAAAAAGCUGCACAAUAUUCCAGACACCAAACCUGUAGUCCUGGUGGUGCUCCAUCACACGUUUAAUCCAGAGUAUGAUGUACGAGACAGCAGCAGAUUUGUAAACAGAGAGAAUAUAAUCACAGUCGACUGUCUGUUCUAUGAAGAUUCUGGAUUACUGCAGUGUCAGAAGAAUAAUGAAGCACUGAACAAAACUUCACAGUAUCUGAAGAAAAAACUACAUAUAAAACUGAAAGGACAAGUGGAAGGUGAAAGGUCAGAGCUGGAGCUGAACACUAGUACAAAUCAACUGGAGACACUGGGUCAGGAGCAGCAGGACAAGAAGAGACAACUAGAGGAGAAAACUCAGUUAUCAGAAACAAAUAAAAACCUUGAAGAGAAAGAGAGUCUUCUAACUGAGAGAGAGACACAGCUAAUAGAAAGAGACAAACAGCUUCAGGAGAAAGACGGACUUCUAGAGGAGAAAACAAAGCAGCUGCAGGAACAAACAGAUCCAGAAUCAUCAGCCCCCAUCAGGAGAAGAAACAGCAAGGAAGUGUUUCCUCCAAAUAUGAGUGGAGAGACUCAGGACUCAGCACCAAUCAGGAGAAGAAACAGUAUGGAGGGAAAUUGUCCAACAAGGGGUGCAUCUGCAUUAAAGACUAAAGAGCCAUAUAUAAAGUUUUGGCUUUUUGUAUCUGGAAGAACACUGAAUUCCCACAAGCACUUCAUAGCUCAUCUUAAAAAACAAGUUCCCCUGCAGGAGGUGUCUACAGAGGAUGAGUGUGAUUUCAUUCUGGGUUUCUGCCCGACUGUGUCACGAUCUGGAACUGACAUUGAAGCAGCAAUGAAAAAGCUGCACAAUAUUCCAGACACCAAGCCUGUAGUCCUGGUGGUGCUCCAUCACACGUUUAAUCCAGAGUGUGUUGUACCAGACAGCAGCAGAUCUGUAAACAGAGAGAAUAUGAUCACAGUCGACUGUCUGUUCCAUGAAGAUUCUGGAUUACUGCAGUGUCAGAAGAAUAAUGACUCACUGGCUGAAACUUUACAAUAUCUGGAGAAAAAACUACAUAUAAAACUGAUAGGACAAGUGGAAGGUGAAAGGUCAGAUAAAGAGCUGGAAACCAGUACAAAUCAACUGGAGACACUGGGACAGGAGCUGCAGGACAAUCAGAGACAAAUACAGGAGAUGAUGAUCGUAGUGGAGCAACAGAAAACUGAUUUAGCAGAAAAAAACAAAGAGCUUGAAGAGAAAGAGAGUCUUCUAACUGAGAGAGAGACACAGCUAAUGGAAAGAGACAAACAGCUUCAGGAGAAAGACACACUUCUGACAGAAAAUACACAAACACUUAUAAUAAAGGACGAGACACUGGAAGAGAAGGAGAAACAGGUCAAAGAAGUAAGGGAAGAAUUGGAAAAAACAAAGAGGAUGUUAGAAAAAAAGCAGACAUAUUUGGAAAACAAAGAGAAACAACUGGAGAGUGUGGUGAAAGAACUGGAAACCAGUAAAAACAAACUAAUAGAAAAAGAUGAACAGCUUCAGGAGAAAGACAGACUUCUGACAGAAAAUACACAAACACUGCAGAUGAAAGACGAGACACUGGAAGAGAAGGAGACACUGCUCAAACAGACAAGAGCUGAACUGGACAAAACAAUGAAGGAAUUAGAAGACAGUCAGAGACACAUGGAGGAGAAAAACACACAACUAGAGAAUCUGAACAAACUGCUGAGGGAGAAAGAAACAGAGCUGAAGAACACAGAUAAACAGCUGGAAACCAGUACAAAUCAACUGGAGACACUGGGACAGGAGCUGCAGGACAAUCAGAGACAAAUACAGGAGAUGAUGAUUAUAGUGGAGCAACAGAAAACUGAUUUAGCAGAAAAAAACAAAGAGCUUAAAGAGAAAGAGAGUCUUCUAACUGAGAGAGAGACACAGCUAAUGGAAAGAGACAAACAGCUUCAGGAGAAAGACAGACUUCUGACAGAAAAUACACAAACACUGCAGAAGAAGGACAAGACACUGGAAGAGAAGGAGACACUGCUCAAACAGACAAAAGCUGAACUGAACACAACAGUGAAGGAAUUAGAAGACAGUCAGAGACACAUGGAGGAGAAAAACACACAACUAGAGAAUCUGAACAAACUGCUGACAGAAAAUACACAAACACUUCAGAAGAAGGACAAGAAACUGGAGGAGAUGGAGAAACAGCUCAGAGAGAUAGAAGAAGAAUUGAGAAAAAGAAAUAUGACAUUAGAAAAGAAUCAGACACAAUUGAAAGACAAAGAUAGACAACUGGAGAGUGUGGUGAAAGAACUGGAAACCAGUACAAAUCAACUGGAGACACUGGGACAGGAGCUGCAGGACAAGCAGAGACAACUACAGGAGAUGAUGAUCGUAGUGGAGCAACAGAAAACUGAGUUAACAGAAAAAAACAAAGAGCUUGAAGAGAAAGAGAGUCUUCUAACUGAGAGAGACACACAGCUAAUGGAAAGAGACAAACAGGUUCAGGAGAAAGACAGACUUCUGACAGAAAAUACACAAACACUGCAGAAGAAGGACAAGACACUGGAAGAGAAGGAGACACAGGUCAGAGAGAUAGAAGAAGAAUUGAGAAAAUCGAAUAUGGUGUUAGAAAGGAAUCAGACACAGCUGAAAGACAAAGAGAGACAACUGGAGAGUGUAGUGAAAGAACUGGAAACCAGUAAAAACAAACUAAUAGAAAAAGAUGAACAGCUUCAGGAGAAAGACAGACUUCUGACAGAAAAUAUACAAAGAAUGCUGAUGAAAGAUGAGACACUGGAAGAGAAGGAGACACUGCUCAAACAGACAAGAGCUGAACUGGACAAAACAAUGAAGGAAUUAGAAGACAGUCAGAGGCACAUGGAGGAGAAAAACACACAACUAGAGAAUCUGAACAAACUGCUGACAGAAAAUACACAAACACUUCAGAAGAAGGACAAGAAACUGGAGGAGAAGGAGAAACAGCUCAGAGAGAUAGAAGAAAAAUUAAGAACAACAAAUAUAAUGUUAGAAGAGAAUCAGACACAGUUGAAGGACAAUGAGAGACAACUGGAGACACUGGGACAGGAGCUGCAGGACAAUCAGAGACAACUACAGGAGAUGAUCGUCGUGGAGCAACAGAAAACUAAGUUAGCAGAAAAAAACAAAGAGCUUGAAGAGAAAGAGAGUCUUCUAACUGAGAGAGAGACACAGCUAAUGGAAAGAGACAAACAGGUUCAGGAGAAAGACAGACUUUUAGAAGAGAAAACAAAGCAGCUGCAGGAACAAAUAGAUCCAGAAUCAUCAGCCCCCAUCAGGAGAAGAAACAGCAAGGAGUUGUUACCUCCACAUAUGAGUGGAGAGACUCAGGACUCAGCACCAAUCAGGAGAAGAAACAGUGUGGAGGGAGGACGUCCAACAUUGGGUGGAGAAUCGUCUAGUCCUCAUUCUCCAGUGUCGGUUCCUGUAGCAGAACUGAGGCUGGUGCUGCUGGGGAGGACGGGAUCUGGAAAGAGUGCAUCAGGAAACAUCAUCCUGGGCAGAGAGGAGAGGAACCAGGCUGCUACAUCUACAUCUACAUCUACAGUCACCCAGCAGAGUGAGAGCACACAGGGGGAGGUGACUGGGAGGAAGGUGACUGUGGUGGACACUCCUGACUGGUUCUGUCCUGAACUCUCUCUGGAGAAGCUGAGACAGGACGUGGGACUCUGUGUCCAUCUGUCUGCUCCAGGACCCCACGCCUUCCUCCUGGUCAUACCUGUAAAGCAGCCUACAGGAGAGGAGAGAGGGAUGCUGGAGAAAAUGGAGGAGAUCUUUGGAGAGAGAUGUUGGAGAAACACCAUGAUCAUAUUCAGUGUUACUGAUGAACUUCAGAAGAAGAACGUUGAGGAGUUUAUCCAAUCAGGAGACCAGGAGGUCCAGAGACUUGUAGAGAAAUGUGGGAACAGGUUUCACUGUCUCAACAUUAAGGAGAGUGGAGAUGGUUCUCAGGUCUCAGAACUGCUGGAGAAGAUAGAGAAGAUGGUGGAAGGAAGUAGAGAGAAAUUCUACAGCAGUGACAUCUACCUGGAGACAGAAUCUCAGAUUAGAGCCAUGGAGACAAAGAUCCUGAAGGAAAGAGAAGAGAAAAGAAAGAGAGAGGAGAUGGACAUGAAAGAAACAAUAAAGAAGGAGAUGCAGGACUCUCUGAGAAAGAUAGAGGGAGUGAUCCAGGAUCAUGAAGGAGACAUCAGACAACUUGAUGACCGAACAACUGAACUGGAGAGAAAGAUGAAAGAAGAGAGGGAUGAAGAGAAAAAGAAAGAACUUGAGAAGGAGCUGAAACGAGAGGUAGAGCGAAGGGCAGAAAUGGAAGAGAAGGUGAAGAAACUAAAAGAAAAGAGAGAGAGGGAGAGGAGAGAGAUGGAGGAGAGACACAAACAGGAGAUGGAGGAGAUCAGGGAGGUGUAUGAAGGAGAGGCCAUGAUGGAGGCAGAGAGAAAGCUCAUGAAACUCAUCCUGCCUGAACUCCAGAGAAAUAUUUUGUCCUCAAAAACAAAGAUGCAGGAAGAUUUCAGCAGACAGAUGGAGGAGAAGAACAGAGAGCUGGAGAUUCUUAAACAGAAACUUUCAGAUCUCACAGAUACUCACAGUGUGCUUGAAGAGGUUUAUGAGAAAACGGUCAGAAAAAGCUCAGAACAAGAGAGAGCUGCUCUAAAAGGAGAGGCAUCGAAGGGAAUCUCUAAGAAAUUUAAAGAUUUGUUUCAGUGAGUAACAGAGUUUAUAAAGCUGCAGAGACUCACCUGGUCAGAAAUGAGGCAUAUGAGUGAUGGUGGACAUCACAGAGGGUUAAACAGUUUGUUUUGUUUCUUUGUUUGUUUUUUUUCUAUGGAAACCCUGCAGGGGAAACCUAAUAACCAAUAAUUCUUAAAACAACAGGAUUUUUAAAAAUCAAGAUGGAUUGUCCAGUUGCCUAUAAGAGUCCAGCACACUCACAAAUUAAUUGCAGAUUCAGCCACUUAUGAUUAGCAGUAAGAUGGUCACUGCUGCUUUCUGUCAAUAUAAAUAAUGUGGAGUGAUGAUCUGAACAUUAUCAGAACUACAUUAUAAAAACUUGGGUAAAGUUUAUGUACAUCCUUUAAUCUUUCUAUUUUGCAAUAUUUUACAUAAUUUUACAAAGUAUUUAACAUUAUUGAUUAAAACUGAAGAGCAUUUGCAUGAAUAGUUUUUGUACUAUACUAGAAAAACAAAUUCCAAUUUUUUUCAUUUUACGGCAACCGUCUGUAAGAGACCAUUCUGUGAGUUUUAUGCUGAAAAUAAUUAAAGGAAAAAAUAUCAUCAUAGAGCAACAUUUCUGUGAAUCGUGGAAAAAUCUAGAAGGUUUGUCAGACUUUAUCAACUUAGGAAACCUUUUGCAAAAUAAAUUUUGCAUGUUGGAAUAUAUGGCUUUCCUGUUUAUCAUCUCAAUGAGACUGAUGCUUUGUUUAUAUUUUGUACAAUUUUAUUAGAAAAAUGUAUUUGUGAAAAUAUUUAUUUAUCAAUGAUGUAUAUAUUUAAUUGUACAUUUAAUUGUGUAUAUAGUGUAUGAAUAAAUUUAUAUAAGUA